AUGGGUGUCGAACUAGCUACUUGCGGCGCUAUAGCUGCGUCAGGCACAACUUUGCUACUAUCACUAGCUAUGAUCUACUCAAUGCAGUCUGAAAUCUCGUCUAUGUGGUCGGAGUUAGAUGCAGAAAUUGAAGAAUUUAAGGCUCUUACAAAUGAUUCCUGGGAAGCGAUGCUAACACUUGGUGUCGGAACCCCGUCAAAUCGAAAUCGACGACAAUACGGAGGCUAUGGAGCGAGCGGAAGAAAUAUGCAAUCGUCCAGCAGUGAAGAAAAGUUGCCUACGGCUGGAGUUAGGCGAGGACUAUCACCGGUGAUACCUUUGCUACCACCGAUGAUCAUAACACCGCUGUUACCUCCAUACUGCCAAUGUUUUCUUGAACCCAGUUGUCCGCCGGGUCCACGUGGUCCUGAAGGCGAGCAAGGACCGGAUGGCAUUGACGGAAUUCCUGGAGAGCCUGGUUUCGACGGCUUCGAUAGCAAGAGCAUGCCAAGACAUAGUUUAAUGCUUGGAUGCAUCCAAUGCCCACGAGGUCCACCAGGGGAGGCUGGAAAGAAUGGACCAAUGGGGGUGCGUGGUAUGCGAGGUAUGAGAGGAUUACCUGGUGUCCCUGGACGGGAUGGCACUCCAGGCAUGCCAGGUGAACAAGGUCCACCCGGACCACCAGGACCCGAUGGGAAACCUGGAAAACCGGGAAGGAAAGGAAACGAUGGCGAGCAGCCAGUUGGUAGAAAGGGUAUACGUGGACCACCUGGAGAACCUGGAAAACCGGGUCCUAAAGGAUACUCUGGUCGAUCUGUUCACAUUGGUCCGGUUGGUGACCCAGGAAUGCAAGGAGUUGCUGGAUUCCAAGGGGCUGCCGGACCUGAUGGUGAGCCAGGACCCAUGGGACCACCCGGCGCUCGAGGAAAAGACGCUACGUACUGCCACUGUCCAGCUCGAGGAGAUCCCGAUGGACCACCACGUGAUUCUAGAAGACCUCUAAAUGUUUCGGAAGACUCCUAG